AAACAAUAUAGAAAAAUGGGUUGGUUUGAUGGUAUUCCUGGUCUUUCUCAAAUGGAAGCUGGUUGGCAUCAGUAUCACAAGAUUAGAGGAGACGUUACAGUUAUUAAUGAGUCAGAUCUAACUUUGGAAUGCUACAAUAAUCAUGCUUAUCAAGUUGAUUUUUGGGGUGGUUUGAAUCGUACCAUUCAUCCAGGUGCUUCUUUUGAUUGUCACAUUGAAUUUUAUGCCUUCAUGGACACUAACAAGGGUGAUACGGCAGCUGAAAGUGAUUACAAUGUUUUUUUCGAAGGCCAGUGCUGGGGCCAAUUGAAUAUCUAUGCAAGGGAUGGUUUUAUUGGAACAAAAUCUGCAACAACUCCAGCAUAUAAAUUAGGGUCUGAACCUUUCGUCAAUCUGUAUAGAUCCAAUGAAAGAACAGUCAUCAAGAUUUUCAAUGGAGAUGGUAUUAAGGAAAUUAUGAAUAAGAGAUUUACAGAUAAAAUUGAAGGAUUACAAAAUGAACUCAUAAGGGUGACAGAAUUGAUUGUCAAAAACCAAGGUGCAGUUGCUGAUUUAUUGAAACAACAAGAGGAAUUGAAGAAACAAAUUUCAGCUACCAUUACUGCAAAGAGUAAAUACACAAAUUGAGUAUGAUAAAACUCUGUUUCUAUCUC